AUGUUUAAAUUUGUGAUUGGACAUAUUAUCGAAACGCCCGUAGAGCACUUCAGCAUUCAGAAUGUAAAGCCUUAUACAUACACUACUAGUAUUACAAAGAAUUUAAUUGAAUCUAAAAAGUUGCCUGAAGAAAUGGUAGAAACUAGGCAAAGCAGUCGCACAGAAUAUUUUCAAACAACUAAAGACACUCCCUCAUUUACAGAAAUGAGUGAAAGUAGUCAGGAGAAGUUGCCGGAUUUGGCUCGACCUGUCAGCGUGGAAAGCAAAAGUGCAAACGUAUCAUCAGAAAUCGCAGGCGCAACAACGAUAAUUACAAACAGAUCUCGGGAGACUGAUUCGGCGUUGAGUGAUAGGAAGUAUUUGGAACAGAUAAUGGGUUGUGGUGGUGUGAAGAGAAAAAUCAAGGAGCUGGAAACUCAGGGAGUAGGAAAUGUCGCUGCUUCAGCUACUACAAAUAAGGUUGGCAGCUCAGAGCCAGAUGCAGGCGCUUCCGUUAAGGAUGCCAUCCAUGCCAUGGAAGAGAAAAUCGGCAGCACAACAGUGGAGGCAAUUCCGUUUGCUGUGAGAAAACGUGAUUCCCUGCGAACCGAUUGCGAUCUACCUGCAUUGGAAAAAUCAAUCCUCAGUGAGAUGGAUGUGCAGUUGACUCAACUGACGAGCGUGGAGCCGCCGGUUGUGGUUGUGAAACAGUCGCCUAUCAAAGCAAUGGAGAAACAAUUUGAGCAUUUACAAAGCAUUGAUGAAGCUGUUUGCGAAAAGAUAUGCCAAAAGAAAAAGGCAUUCGAAGUUGCUGAGGAACAUAUGACAACAGUCAGUUCACAUGAGGACGGUGGCAAAGACGAUGCGAAAGACCAUGCGCAUAUCGACAUGGAAUCAAUGCCUAAGGUCAAGGAGGUGGUAGAGUCCUUUGAGAAGAAGAAGCCAAGUUCUCUUAACCUGGAGGCAACACCGUUUAGUCCAAGGAAAAGAGAAAAACGGAACAGUGGGGAUGUGGAUUUGGCAGCUGUGGAGAGAACUAUUUUAACUGAAGCUGACAUUAUCUUAAACAGCCUAGCCCUUAAAGAUCCCAAGGAGACGGCGCACAAAGCACCGACUCUCCAAAGUCCCCUUGAAAGUAAUGUGACUCCCGUAGAAGAAGCUUGCGAAGUUAUUUGUUCCAAACGUAGAAUAAGCGAAUUAGCAAAACUUUUUGAAAGACAAAAUCAAACUCAGGAACAUGAUGCUAGUGAUGCUAGGUCUGAUAGAAAACAUAGUGAUAGCAAAGAAACCGUAACAGAGAAGACUGCUCAUGAGAGUCAAUUAAAGGAGACUUUAACUUCCACAAUUAGUAUUAGUAAGCUUUUAGAUAAUAGGAACAGAGCAACACAACACACCUCAUUAAGUUUACACGAUCCCGAAGGGUUCCAUAGCAAAACACAUUUUACAGUUAGCAAGGACACUUGGGAUAACAAGGCUAGCUUAUCUGAGAGUGACCAACAAGAAUAUCUUGAAAUUUGCGAAAUAACAACCGACGGAUUUGCUAAUGUCACAAACUUAGCGGAGACAGACAGAACAACUAGCAAGAAAAUUGCAUUGAUAGACCGUUCCACUUUAAGUAAAACAGCCGUUGAAAAAUUUUCCUAUGUAGAACAGCAGCCCCACGAGACACGUCUUUCAGAAGAUAUGAAAGACAGGACCUCGUCAUCAAUCUAUGAAGAUGUCGUUAUAGUUCAAACCCACUCUUCUAAAGUUCGCGACAAGAGGGGAAUAAGCUCACAGAAAGCUACAUCAGAAACACCUAGACAGCCUACUGACAGGGAUGCGUCCGUUGCAAUCGAUAUAAAAUUGUGCCCUCUGUCAGACGAAAUGAAACCAACAGAUUUGGACAAAUCCAAAUUUGAAAGUCAUACUGCAAUUGACCCUAAAAGCACAUCUGCAAUUCCUGGGAACUUUCCCAAUAGUGGGGAAUUUUCAGACGAAAUAGGUACAAUUCCACCUAAAUUCGACAUAUCCCGACAGUCUGUCGAUAGAAAUUUUUCCGGGCUGAGUACCACCAAAACUAAAAUUAUCACUACAAUUGACCAAAAGUCGGCUUCAACAAUCUGCGAAAGUGACAUCGACUUAAGAGAUUGCAGCGAGGUACUCACCUACCAUUCAAAUGUCCCAUGUAAGGAAGAGAAAGCUCCUAUCGAGCAUUUUUCAGCAAUGUCCCGUCAGAUUUCUGGCAUGGUUACUUCUGAACAAGACGUGACCAGAGAAAAAAUUUUUACGACAAUUGACAGGAAAGUGACUAAUCGAUCAAAUAUUGUGCACCAUCAGUUUACAGAUGUUCGGAAGCACGUUGUUGACGUUCCUUCCGAGCAGCAUUCUGAUAGGACGAUCACCAGUGAUAAGCUCUUACAGGAAAUUGACGAAAAACCUUCAUCUCUGGCAGACGAUAAGAAACAAACGCAAGAGACAACUUCUGUUGCAACAAACAAAAAAUUACCAUCAGAGACUACUGCCCAUUCUGAAGACGCAAGUAGACACUUUACUGAUAUUCAAGACAAGACAGAAAGUCCACUACCAUUGCAUAUACAAUAUGCCAAAAGUGAUGUCCAUGCCUUGGAUAAACGGAUAGGCGUUCAAGAAGAAGAAGGAGAAAAAAUAACGAAUCUACAGUAUUUUGGCAAAGAUCUUUCCAAAUUGGAUGCCACCCCAGAAAAACUUACCCUCUUAAUUGAUCAAAAAUCUAUAUAUAAGCCAGACACUAGCAAAAUCACAAGUCCAACAGAGUACGCUUCAGAAGCUGGAAUGGAGAUUUCAUCCACUUUCCCUCCACUUUUAGAAAAAGAUAUCAUGAAACUUGACUCCAUCGAAGGCAAAGACUAUAAAUCAGUUGACCAAAAGUCCAUAUCUACGACUCAACAGGGUAUUGCACAUUCGAAAGACUUUACUGACUUUGCACAGCCUACGGAUGUAAAAGACAAGAAAACUCAAAUUGAAAUGGAAGCUCCCAAUAGAGAAAUGGAUCGUAUAACAAAAAAAAAACAAGAAGAAACCACACUUUCUAGCACCGAUAAUGUGACAAAACGGCAAGAAGACGAAAUAUUUCGACAAUAUUCCGAUGGAGAUUUUUCCGUAGGGAAUAAAUAUUUGAGGGAAGAUGCAAUUAAAGCCGAACCUUCUUCAGAAAUACAUGGGCAAUACUAUGGUCGAAGUGUUUUUGGAUUGGAGGGCGUAGCGGGACACAUUGAAAUGAAAUUUUACCCACAAACUACCCACAAAAGGGAAGAGAGUAAUGCCCCCCUUAGCAAUUUAGGAUUUUUUACAACGUAUGACACGAUAGAAGUAAAGUCAAUGGAACCACGUUCCGAAUCUUUGGGACAAAAUAGUGCAAGUGAGAUAGCUGGGCUCGUCCCCAUCAAAAAAGGUCAUACAACAUUCGAUACAAAGUCUGUAGUGGCGAAGAGUGAAAAAGAUGUCCUUCUUGAACCGGUGAAAGUUGUCAGGGAUAGAACAUUUGCGACAAUUGACGGAUUGUCGUAUUCCACAUCUACAAAAAACAUCAGUCAUCUUGAUGAUGGGAGAAAAGAGACAAAAGUUUUACACAAGGAAGAAAAAAGCUCUAUGUGCUUUGAUUUAGGCGAAAAUAAAGAAGCAAGGACGUUCGAAGGCACAAGUGCAGAUUCAGAUGAUCAUUACAAGAGAGAAACGAAUUUGAUCUCUUCAGAAAUACUUCGAAAGUAUUUUGAUGACACAGCUUUUGACAGCAAAACUGUUGAAGACAGAAGUUUUGCGUCUAAAGCAAUUAGUCAAAAAUCUGCAUUUGCUUCGGAAGCAGAAGAAAUAGUACAAACAAGUUUGAGAAAAGAACGCACCUUAAGUAAGUAUGAAGGAAGCACCCUUAAAUAUUCUGAGAUGGAAACGUUAUCUACGGAGUUGAAUAUUGGCUCUGAAACGCAUCAGGCUUUGCAAGACUUCAUUCGCAAAGAACCAUCCCAAAUAGUUUUACCUACAACUACCCACCAGGAUUCGGAAAAAGAAGACCCAUCCGAAAUAAGGCUGUUUGAGGGAAGUAAACAGGAUAGCAAUAUAUCUCUGAUAUCAACAACAACUUCAGAAAUGCAAAGAGAUGUGAAACCGAUUGCAGCAAAGCACGAGGAGAGCGUUUCUCGUGGAAUAACUUCGCGGGUCAAUGAAACCUUAGAUCGAUUGACAUCGAUAUCUAAUGAAACGAAAUCGUCUUUGCUUAUAGCCAAGCCUCAAUUUGAGGGGAAUUCUGAAGCAACCCCCGCUUAUAAAACUGAUAAAUAUUUGCCUUUAGAUGAAAAUAGUUCUCUCCAGGUUCAGACCUCUUCACCUAGACCGACUGAGAUUGUGGAUAUCAAGUGUUCUGAGAAGACAAAAACUUCAGUUAAAUUAAGAGAUGUCAAAUCACCAUUGGAGCUAUUUGAUGGUGAAGAUACUAAAGAUUCACCCAAAGACAGUGAACCUGAAGAAGUGCUGAAAAUUACUGACAAACCAAAAUCUUCGGUUAGUGUUAAACCUUCGGAACAGCCAAGUUCUUUCGCUGUUUUAACCGAACCUGAACAAUCAGAAAUCUCUAAAAGCGAAUCAGAUGAUGAUGGUGAUAAGGAAAUGUCCGAUUUAGGAAGCAAACUGUCCUUCCCCGACCCUUCUUUCCGUAAAUUGCCUGAAGUUUCUGAUAGGAAAUUUUCUGACAAACCAAAAACCACUGUCAAGAGCAUAACUGGACUAUCUCCUCUAAAAACACUUGAUUCUGAAGAGACCAAGCCUUUUAAUGAAGUGAAGCCUACUCAAGAAUCACCAAAAGUCGGUGACCCAGGAGAAGUGCUCAAAACUACUGACAUACCAAAAUCACCGGCUAGUGUUAAACCUACGGAACAGUCAUGUUCUCUCACUAUUUCUCCCACACCUAAAAAAUCAGAAAUCUCUGACGGCGAAUCAGAUGAUGAAAGUAGCAAGGAAAUGUCCGAUCCAAGAAGAAAACCGCCCGUCUCUGACCCCUAUUCCCAUAAACUACCUGAAGUUUCUGAAAGAAAAAUUUCUGACAAACCAAAAAUUCCUGUUGAGAAUAUUACUGGACUAUCUCCUCAAAAGACAUUUGAUUCCGAAGAGACCAAGCCUACUUACGAAGUGAAGCCUACUCAAGAAUCAACAAAAUUCGGUGAAAAUGGAGAAAUGUUCCAAACUACUCACAAACCAAAAUCUCCGGUUAGUGUCAAAUCUACGGAACAGCCAAGUUCUCUCACUAUUUCUCCCAAACAUGACCAAUCAGAAAUCUCUGAAAGCGAUUCAGAUGAUGAUAGUUGUAAGGAAAUGCCCACUCCAAGAAGAACGAUGUCCUACCACGACCCAUCUUCCCGUAAAUUGCCGGAAGUUUCUGAUAAGCAAAUUUCGGGUAAACCAAAAACCCCUGUUGAGAAUAUAACUGGACUAUCGCCUCAAAAGACAAUUGAUUCUGAAGAGACCAAGCCCUUUGAUGAAGUGAUGGCUACUCAAGAUUCACACAAAAACAGUGAACCUGUAGAAGUGCUCAAAACUACUGACAAACCAAAAUCGCCGGUUAGUGUUAAACCUACGGAACAACCAAGUUCUUUCACUAUUUUACCCGAACCUGAACAAUCAGAAAUCUCUGAAAGCGAAUCACACGAUGAUGGUAUUAAGGAAACGCCCGAUUCAAGAAACAAACUGUCCUUCCCCGACCCUUCUUCCCGUAAAUUGCCGGAAGUUUCUGAUAGAAAACUUUCUGACAAACCAAAAACACCUGUUGAGAGCAUUACUGGACUAUCUCUUCUAAAAACACUUGAUUCUGAAGAGACCAAGCCUUUCAAUGAAGUGAAGCCUACUCAAGAAUCACCCAAAGUUGGAGACCCAGGAGAAGUGCUUAAAACUACUGACACACCCAAAUCUCCUGCUAGUAUUAAACCUACGGAACAGCCAAGUUCUAUCACUAUUUAUCCCAAACAUGAACAAUCAGAAAUCUCUGACGGCGAAUCAGAUGAUGAAAGUAGCAAGGAAAUGUCCGAUCCAAGAAGAAAACUGUCCUUCCCCGACCCUCCUUCCCAUAAAUUGCCUGAAGUUUCUGAUAGGAAACUUUCUGACAAACCAAAAACCCCUCUUGAGAAUAUUACUGGACUAUCUCCUCUUAAGACACGCGAUUCUGAAGAGACCAAGCCCUUUGAUGAAGUGAAGCCUACUCAAGAUUCACCCAAAGACGGUGAGUCUGUAGAAGGGCUCAAAUCUACUGAGAAAACAAAAUCUCCGGCUAGUGUUAAACCUACGGAACAGCCAAGUUCUCUCACUAUUUCUUCCAAAUCUGAACAAUCAGAAAUCUCUGAAUCAGAUGAUGAGAGUAGCAAGGAAAUACCCGAUUCAGGAAGCAAACUGUUCUUCCACGACCCCUCUUCCCGUAAAUUGCCGGAAGUUUCUAAUAGAAAACUUUCUGAUAAACCAAAAACACCUGUUGAGAGCAUUACUGGACUAUCUCUUCUAAAAACGAUUGAUUCUGAAGAGACCAAGCCUUUAAAUGAAGUGAAGCCUACUCAAGAAUCACCCAAAGUUGGUGACCCAGGAGAAGUGCUUAAAACUACUGACACACCCAAAUCUCCUGCUAGUAUUAAACCUACGGAACAUCCAAGUUCUCUCACUAUUUAUCCCAAACAUGAACAAUCAGAAAUCUCUGACGGCGAAUCAGAUGAUGAAAGUAGCAAGGAAAUGUCCGAUCCAAGAAGAAAACUGUCCUUCCCCGACCCUCCUUCCCAUAAAUUGCCUGAAGUUUCUGAUAGGAAACUUUCUGACAAACCAAAAACCCCUCUUGAGAAUAUUACUGGACUAUCUCCUCUUAAGACACGCGAUUCUGAAGAGACCAAGCCCUUUGAUGAAGUGAAGCCUACUCAAGAUUCACCCAAAGACGGUGAGUCUGUAGAAGGGCUCAAAUCUACUGAGAAACCAAAAUCUCCGGCUAGUGUUAAACCUACGGAACAGCCAAGUUCUCUCACUAUUUCUUCCAAAUCUGAACAAUCAGAAAUCUCUGAAUCAGAUGAUGAGAGUAGCAAGGAAAUGCCCGAUCCAAGAAGUAAACUGUCCUUCCCCGACCCUUCUUCCCGUAAAUUGUCUGAAGUUUCUGAUAGGAAAUUUUCUGACAAACUAAAAACCCCUGUUGAAAAUAUUACUGGACUAUCUCCUCAAAAGACAUUUAUUUCUGAAGAGAUCAAUCCUUUUGAUGGAGCGAAGCCUACUCAAGAUUUACGCAAAGACGAUGAACCAGGAGAAGUGAUCCCAGUUUCUGACAAACGAAAAUCUACGGCUAGUAUUAAACCUACGGAACAGCCAAGUUCUCUAACUAUUUCUCCCAAAUCUGAACAAUCAGAAAUCUCGAAAGGCGAAUCAGAUGAUGAUAGUUGUAAGGAAAUGCCCGAUCCACGAAGAAAACUGUCCUUCUCCGACCCUUCUUCCCGUAAAUUGCCUGAAGUUUCUGAUAGGAAUAUUACUGACAAACCAAAACCCCAUGUUAAAAAUAUUACUGGACUAUCUCCUCAAAAGACGCUUGGUUCUGGAGAGAUCAAUCCUUUUGAUGAAGUGAAGCCUACUCAAGAUUCACCCAAAGACGGUGAACCAGGAGAAGUGCUCAAAACUACUGACAUACCAAAAUCUCCGGCUAGUGUUAAACCUACGGAACAGCCAAGUUCUCUCACUAUUUCUCCCAAAUCUGAACAAUCAGAAAUCUCUGAAUCAGAUGAUGAAAGUAGCAAGGAAAUGCCCGAUCCAAGAAGUAAACUGUCCUUCCCCGACCCUUCUUCCCGUAAAUUGUCUGAAGUUUCUGAUAGGAAAAUUUCUGACAAACCAAAAACCCCUGUUGAAAAUAUUACUGGACUAUCUCCUCAAAAGACAUUUAUUUCUGAAGAGAUCAAUCCUUUUGAUGAAGCGAAGCCUACUCAAGAUUUACCCAAAGACGAUGAACCAGGAGAAGUGAUCUCAGUUUCUGACAAACCAAAAUCUCCGGCUUGUGUUAAACCUACGGAACAGCCAAGUUCUCUCACUGUUUAUCCCAAAUCUGAACAAUCAGAAAUCUCAGAAGGCGAAUCAGAUGAUGAUAGUAGUAAGGACAUGCCCGAUUCAAGAAUAAAACUGUCCUUCCCCGACCCUUCUUCCCAUAAAUUGUCUGAAGUUUCUGAUAGGAAACUUUCUGACAAACCAAAAACCCCUGUUGAAAAUAUUACUGCACUAUCUCCACAAAAGACAUUUAUUUCUGAAGAGAUCAAUCCUUUUGAUGAAGCGAAGCCUACUCAAGAUUUACCCAAAGACGAUGAACCAGGAGAAGUGAUCACAGUUUCUGACAAACCAAAAUUUCCGGAUAGUGUUAAACCUACGGAACAGCCAAGUUCUCUCACUAUUUCUUCCAGACCUGAACAAUCACAAAUCUCUGCAGGUGAAUCAGAUGAUGAUAUUAGUAAGGAAAUACCCGAUCCAAGAAGCAAACUGUCCUUCCCCGAACCUCCUUCCCAUAAAUUGCCUGAAGUUUCUGAUAGGAAACUUUCUGACAAACCAAAAACCCCUGUUGAGAAUAUAACUGGACUAUCUCCUCAAAAGACAUUUGAUUCUGAAGAGACCAAGCCUUUUGAUGAAGUGAAGCCUACUCAAGAUUCACCCAAAGAUGGCGAGUCUGUAGAAGGGCUUAAAUCGUCUGACAAACCCAAAUCUCCUGCUAGUAUUAAACCUACGGAACAGCCAAGUUCUCUCACUAUUUCUCCCAAAUCUGAACAAUCAGAAAUCUCAGAAGGCGAAUCAGAUGAUGAUAGUAGUAAGGACAUGCCAGAUCCAAGAAGAAAACUGUCCUUCCCCGACCCUUCUUCCCGUAAAUUGUCUGAAGUUUCUGAUAGGAAAAUUUCUGACAAACCAAAAACCCCUGUUGAGAAUAUAACUGGACUAUCUCCUCAAAAGACAUUUGAUUCUGAAGAGACCAAGCCUUUUGAUGAAGUGAAGCCUACUCAAGAUUUACUCAAAGAUGAAAUCUCUGAAUCAGAUGAUGAAAGUAGCAAGAAAAUGUCCGAUCCAAGAAGUAAACUGUCCUUCCCGGACCCUUCUUCCCGUAAAUUGUCUGAAGUUUCUGAUAGGAAAAUUUCUGACAAACCAAAAACCCCUGUUGAAAAUAUUACUGCACUAUCUCCACAAAAGACAUUUAUUUCUGAAGAGAUCAGUCCUUUUGAUGAAGCGAAGCCUACUCAAGAUUUACCCAAAGACGAUGAACCAGGAGAAGUGAUCCCAGUUUCUGACAAACCAAAAUCUCCGGAUAGUGUUAAACCUACUGAACAGCCAAGUUCUCUCACUAUUUCUUCCAGACCUGAACAAUCACAAAUCUCUGCAGGUGAAUCAGAUGAUGAUAGUAGUAAGGAAAUACCCGAUCCAAGAAGCAAACUGUCCUUCCCCGAACCUUCUUCCCAUAAAUUGCCUGAAGUUUCUGAUAGGAAACUUUCUGACAAACCAAAAACCCCUGUUGAGAAUAUAACUGGACUAUCUCCUCAAAAGACAUUUGAUUCUGAAGAGACCAAGCCUUUUGAUGAAGUGAAGCCUACUCAAGAUUCACCCAAAGAUGGCGAGUCUGUAGAAGGGCUCAAAUCGUCUGACAAACCCAAAUCUCCUGCUAGUAUUAAACCUACGGAACAGCCAAGUUCUCUCACUAUUUCUCCCAAAUCUGAACAACCAGAAAUCUCUGAAUCAGAUGAUGAGAGUAGCAAGGAAAUGCCCGAUCCAAGAAGUAAACUGUCGUUCCCCGACCCUUCUUCCCGUAAAUUGUCUGAAGUUUCUGAUAGGAAAAUUUCUGACAAACCAAAAACCCCUGUUGAAAAUAUUACUGGACUAUCUCCUCAAAAGACAUUUAUUUCUGAAGAGAUCAAUCCUUUCGAUGAAGCGAAGCCUACUCAAGAUUUACCCAAAGACGAUGAACCAGGAGAAGUGCUCAAAACUACUGACAAACCAAAAUCUCCGGCUAGUGUUAAACCUACGGAACAGCCAAGUUCUCUCACUAUUUCUCCCAAAUCUGAACAAUCAGAAAUCUCUGAAUCAGAUGAUGAGAGUAGCAAGGAAAUGACUGAUCCAAGAAGUAAACUGUCCUUCCCCGACCCUUCUUCCCGUAAAUUGUCUGAUGUUUCUGAUAGGAAAAUUUCUGACAAACCAAAAACCCCUGUUGAAAAUAUUACUGGACUAUCUCCUCAAAAGACAUUUAUUUCUGAAGAGAUCAAUCCUUUUGAUGAAGCGAAGCCUACUCAAGAUUUACCCAAAGACGAUGAACCAGGAGAAGUGAUCUCAGUUUCUGACAAACCAAAAUCUAUGGCUAGUGUUAAACCUACGGAACAGCCAAGUUCUCUCAUUGUUUAUCCCAAAUCUGAACAAUCAGAAAUCUCAGAAGGCGAAUCAGAUGAUGAGAGUAGCAAGGAAAUGCCCGAUCCAAGAAGAAAAGUGUCCUUCCCCGACCCUCCUUCCCAUAAAUUGCCUGAAGUUUUUGAUAGGAAAAUUUCUGACAAACCAAAAACCCCUGUUGAAAAUAUUACUGCACUAUCUCCUCAAAAGACAUUUAUUUCUGAAGAGAUCAAUCCUUUUGAAGAAGCGAAGCCUACUCAAGAUUUACCCAAAGACGAUGAACCAGGAGAAAUGAUCCCAGUUUCUGACAAACCAAAAUCUAUGGCUAGUGUUAAACCUACAGAACAGCCAAGUUCUCUCACUAUUUAUCCCAAAUCUGAACAAUCAGAAAUCUCAGAAGGCGAAUCAGAUGAAGAUAGUAGCAAGAAAAUGUCCGAUCCAAGAAGUAAACUGUCCUUCGCGGACCCUUCUUCCCGUAAAUUGUUUGAAGUUUCUGAUAGGAAAAUUUCUGACAAACCAAAAACCCCUGUUGAGAAUAUAACUGGACUAUCUCCUCAAAAGACAUUUGAUUCUGAAGAGACCAAGCCUUUUGAUGAAGUGAAGCCUACUCAAGAUUUACUCAAAGAUGGUGAGUCUGUAGAAGGGCUCAAAUCGUCUGACAAACCCAAAUCUCCUGCUAGUAUUAAACCUACGGAACAGCCAAGUUCUCUCACUAUUUCUCCCAAACAUGAACAAUCAGAAAUCUCUGAAUCAGAUGAUGAGAGUAGCAAGGACAUGCCCGAUUCAAGAAUAAAACUGUCCUUCCCCGAACCUUCUUCCCGUAAAUUGUCUGAAGUUUCUGAUAGGAAAAUUUCUGACAAACCAAAAACCCCUGUUGAAAAUAUUACUGCACUAUCUCCACAAAAGACAUUUAUUUCUGAAGAGAUCAGUCCUUUUGAUGAAGCGAAGCCUACUCAAGAUUUACCCAAAGACGAUGAACCAGGAGAAGUGAUCCCAGUUUCUGACAAACCAAAAUCUCCGGAUAGUGUUAAACCUACUGAACAGCCAAGUUCUCUCACUAUUUCUUCCAGACCUGAACAAUCACAAAUCUCUGCAGGUGAAUCAGAUGAUGAUAGUAGUAAGGAAAUACCCGAUCCAAGAAGCAAACUGUCCUUCCCCGAACCUCCUUCCCAUAAAUUGCCUGAAGUUUCUGAUAGGAAACUUUCUGACAAACCAAAAACCCCUGUUGAGAAUAUAACUGGACUAUCUCCUCAAAAGAUAUUUGAUUCUGAAGAGACCAAGCCUUUUGAUGAAGUGAAGCCUACUCAAGAUUCACCCAAAGAUGGCGAGUCUGUAGAAGGGCUCAAAUCGUCUGACAAACCCAAAUCUCCUGCUAGUAUUAAACCUACGGAACAGCCAAGUUCUCUCACUAUUUCUCCCAAACAUGAACAAUCAGAAAUCUCUGAAUCAGAUGAUGAGAGUAGCAAGGAAAUGCCCGAUCCAAGAAGUAAACUGUCGUUCCCCGACCCUUCUUCCCGUAAAUUGUCUGAAGUUUCUGAUAGGAAAAUUUCUGACAAACCAAAAACCCCUGUUGAAAAUAUUACUGGACUAUCUCCUCAAAAGACAUUUAUUUCUGAAGAGAUCAAUCCUUUCGAUGAAGCGAAGCCUACUCAAGAUUUACCCAAAGACGAUGAACCAGGAGAAGUGCUCAAAACUACUGACAAACCAAAAUCUCCGGCUAGUGUUAAACCUACGGAACAGCCAAGUUCUCUCACUAUUUCUCCCAAAUCUGAACAAUCAGAAAUCUCUGAAUCAGAUGAUGAGAGUAGCAAGGAAAUGACUGAUCCAAGAAGUAAACUGUCCUUCCCCGACCCUCCUUCCCAUAAAUUGUCUGAUGUUUCUGAUAGGAAAAUUUCUGACAAACCAAAAACCCCUGUUGAAAAUAUUACUGGACUAUCUCCUCAAAAGACAUUUAUUUCUGAAGAGAUCAAUCCUUUUGAUGAAGCGAAGCCUACUCAAGAUUUACCCAAAGACGAUGAACCAGGAGAAGUGAUCUCAGUUUCUGACAAACCAAAAUCUAUGGCUAGUGUUAAACCUACGGAACAGCCAAGUUCUCUCACUAUUUUUUCCAGACCUGAACAAUCACAAAUCUCUGCAGGUGAAUCAGAUGAUGAGAGUAGUAAGGAAAUAGCCGAUCCAAGAAGCAAACUGUCCUUCCCCGAACCUCCUUCCCAUAAAUUGCCUGAUGUUUCUGAUGGGAAACUUUCUGACAAACUAAAAACCCCUGUUGAGAAUAUAACUGGACUAUCUCCUCAAAAGACAUUUGAUUCUGAAGAGACCAAGCGCUUUGAUGAAGUGAAGCCUACCCAAGAUUCACCCAAAGAUGGCGAGUCUGUAAAAGAGCUCAAAACGUCUGACAAACCAAAAUCUCCUGCUAGUAUUAAACCUACGGAACAGCCAAGUUCUCUCACCAUUUCUCCCAAACAUGAACAAUCAGAAAUCUCUGAAAGCAAAUCAGAUGAUGAUGGUAGUAAGAAACUGCCCGAUCCAAGAAGAAAACUGUCCUUCCCCGACCCUUCUUCCCAUAAAUUGUCUGAAGUUUCUGAUUGGAAAUUAUUUCGAAUUAUUUCUGAAGAGAUCAAUCCUUUUGAUGAAGUGAAGCCUACUCAAGAUUCACCCAAAGACGGUGAACCAGGAGAAGUGCUCAAAACUACUGACAAACCAAAAUCUCCGGCUAGUGUUAAACCUACGGAACAGCCAAGUUCUCUCAUUAUUUCUCCCAAAUCUGAACAAUCAGAUGAUGAGAGUAGCAAGGAAAUGCCCGAUCCAAGAAGUAAACUGUCCUUCCCCGACCCUUCUUCCCGUAAAUUGUCUGAAGUUUCUGAUAGGAAAAUUUCUGACAAACCAAAAACCCCUGUUGAAAAUAUUACUGGACUAUCUCCUCAAAAGACAUUUAUUUCUGAAGAGAUCAAUCCUUUUGAUGAAGCGAAGCCUACUCAAGAUCUACCCAAAGACGAUGAACCAGGAGAAGUGAUCCCAGUUUCUGACAAACCAAAAUCUAUGGCUAGUGUUAAACCUACGGAACAGCCAAGUUCUCUCACUGUUUAUCCCAAAUCUAAACAAUCAGAAGUCUCAGAAGGCGAAUCAGAUGAAGAUAGUAGUAAUUACAUGCCCGAUCCAAGAAGCAAACUGUCCUUCCCCGACCCUUCUUCCCAUAAAUUGUCUGAAGUUUCUGAUAGGAAACUUUCUGACAAACCAAAAACCCCUGUUGAAAAUAUUACUGCACUAUCUCCUCAAAAGACAUUUAUUUCUGAAGAGAUCAAUCCUUUUGAUGAAGCGAAGCCUACUCAAGAUUUACCCAAAGACGAAGAACCAGGAGAAGUGAUCACAGUUUCUGACAAACCAAAAUCUCCGGAUAGUGUUAAACUUACGGAACAGUCAAAUUCUCUCACUAUUUCUUCCAGACCUGAACAAUCACAAAUCUCUGCAGGUGAAUCAGAUGAUGAUAGUAGUAAGGAAAUACCCGAUCCAAGAAGCAGACUGUCCUUCCCCGAACCUCCUGCCCAUAAAUUGCCUGAAGUUUCCGAUAGGAAACUUUCUGAAAAACCAAAAACCCCUGUUGAGAAUAUAACUGGACUAUCUCCUCAAAAGACAUUUGAUUCUGAAGAGACCAAGCCUUUUGAUGAAGUGAAGCCUACUCAAGAUUUACUCAAAGAUGGCGAGUCUGUAGAAGGGCUCAAAUCGCCUGACAAACCCAAAUCUCCUGCUAGUAUUAAACCUACGGAACAGCCAAGUUUUCUCACUAUUUCUCCCAAACAUGAACAAUCAGAAAUCUCUGAAUCAGAUGAUGAGAGUAGCAAGGAAAUGCCCGAUCCAAGAAGAAAACUGUCCUUCUUCGACCCUCAUUCCCAUAAAUUGCCUGAAGUUUCUGAUAGGAAAAUUACUGACAAACCAAAAACCCAUGUUAAAAAUAUUACUGGACUAUCUCCUCAAAAGACACUUGGUUCUGGAGAGAUCAAUCCUUUUGAUGAAGCGAAGCCUACUCAAGAUUUACCCAAAGACGAUGAACCAGGAGAAGUGAUCCCAGAUUCUGACAAACCAAAAUCUAUGGCUAGUGUUAAACCUACGGAACAGCCAAGUUCUCUCACUGUUUAUCCCAAAUCUGAACAAUCAGAAAUCUCAGAAGGCGAAUCAGAUGAUGAGAGUAGUAAGGACAUGCCCUAUCCAAGAAGAAAACUGUCCUUCCCCGACCCUUCUUCCCAUAAAUUGUCUGAAGUUUUUGAUAGGAAACUUUCUGACAAACCAAAAACCCCUGUUGAAAAUAUUACUGCACUAUCUCCUCAAAAGACAUUUAUUUCUGAAGAGAUCAAUCCUUUUGAUGAAGUGAAGCCUACUCAAGAUUCACCCAAAGACGGUGAACCAGGAGAAGUGCUCAAAACUACUGACAAACCAAAAUCUCCGGCUAGUGUUAAACCUACGGAACAGCCAAGUUCUCUCACUAUUUCUCCCAAAUCUGAACAAUCAGAAAUCUCUGAAUCAGAUGAUAAGAGUAGCAAGGAAAUGCCCGAUCCAAGAAGUAAACUGUCCUUCCCCGACCCUUCUUCCCGUAAAUUGUCUGAAGUUUCUGAUAGGAAACUUUCUGACAAACCAAAAACCCCUGUUGAAAAUAUUACUGGACUAUCUCCUCAAAAGACAUUUAUUUCUGAAGAGAUCAAUCCUUUUGAUGAAGCGAAGCCUACUCAAGAUUUACCCAAAGACGAUGAACCAGGAGAAGUGAUCUCAGUUUCUGACAAACCAAAAUCUCCGGCUUGUGUUAAACCUACGGAACAGCCAAGUUCUCUCACUGUUUAUCCCAAAUCUGAACAAUCAGAAAUCUCAGAAGGCGAAUCAGAUGAUGAUAGCAGUAAGGACAUGCCCGAUUCAAGAAUAAAACUGUCCUUCCCCGACCCUUCUUCCCAUAAAUUGUCUGAAGUUUCUGAUAGGAAACUUUCUGACAAACCAAAAACCCCUGUUGAAAAUAUUACUGCACUAUCUCCACAAAAGACAUUUAUUUCUGAAGAGAUCAAUCCUUUUGAUGAAGCGAAGCCUACUCAAGAUUUACCCAAAGACGAAGAACCAGGAGAAGUGAUCACAGUUUCUGACAAACCAAAAUCUCCGGAUAGUGUUAAACCUACGGAACAGUCAAAUUCUCUCACUAUUUCUUCCAGACCUGAACAAUCACAAAUCUCUGCAGGUGAAUCAGAUGAUGAUAGUAGUAAGGAAAUACCCGAUCCAAGAAGCAGACUGUCCUUCCCCGAACCUCCUGCCCAUAAAUUGCCUGAAGUUUCCGAUAGGAAACUUUCUGAAAAACCAAAAACCCCUGUUGAGAAUAUAACUGGACUAUCUCCUCAAAAGACAUUUGAUUCUGAAGAGACCAAGCCUUUUGAUGAAGUGAAGCCUACUCAAGAUUUACUCAAAGAUGGCGAGUCUGUAGAAGGGCUCAAAUCGCCUGACAAACCCAAAUCUCCUGCUAGUAUUAAACCUACGGAACAGCCAAGUUUUCUCACUAUUUCUCCCAAACAUGAACAAUCAGAAAUCUCUGAAUCAGAUGAUGAGAGUAGCAAGGAAAUGCCCGAUCCAAGAAGAAAACUGUCCUUCUUCGACCCUCAUUCCCAUAAAUUGCCUGAAGUUUCUGAUAGGAAAAUUACUGACAAACCAAAAACCCAUGUUAAAAAUAUUACUGGACUAUCUCCUCAAAAGACACUUGGUUCUGGAGAGAUCAAUCCUUUUGAUGAAGCGAAGCCUACUCAAGAUUUACCCAAAGACGAUGAACCAGGAGAAAUGAUCCCAGUUUCUGACAAACCAAAAUCUCCGGCUAGCGUUAAACCUGCGCAACAGCUAAGUUCUCUCACUAUUUCUCCCAAACCUGAACAAUCACAAAUCUCUGAAAGCGAAUCAGAUGAUGAUAGUAGUAACGAAAUGCUCGAUCCAAGAAGAAAACUGUCCUUCCCCGACCCUCCUUCCCAUAAAUUGCCUGAAGUUUCUGAUAGGAAACUUUCUGACAAAUCAGAAACCCAUGUUAAAAAUAUUACUGGACUAUCUCCUCAAAAGACACUUGGACCUGGAGAGAUUAAUCCUUUUGAUGAAGUGAGGCUUACUCAGGAUUCACCCAAAGACGAUGAACCAAGAGAAUUGCUCAAAACUACUGACAAACAAAAAUCUCCGUCUAGCGUUAAACCUGCGGAUCAGCCAAGUUCUCUCACUAUUUCUCCCAAACCUGAACAAUCACAAAUCUCUGAAAGCGAAUCAGAUGAUGAUAGUAGUAACGAAAUGCUCGAUCCAAGAAGAAAACUGUCCUUCCCCGACCCCCCUUCCCAUAAAUUGCCUGAAGUUUCUGAUAGGAAACUUUCUGACAAACCAAAAUCCACUGUUAAAAAUAUUAGUGGACUAUCUCCUCAAAAGACACUUGAUUCUGAAGAGACCAAGCCUUUUGAUGAAGUGAAGCCUACCCAAGAUUCACCCAAAUACGGUGAACCAGGAGAAGUGCUCAAAAUUACUGACAAACCAAAAUCUCCGGCUAGUGUUAACCCUACGCAACAGCCAAGUUCACUCACUAUUUCUCCCAGACCUGAACAAUCAGAAAUCUCUGCAGGUGAAUCAGAUGAUGAUAGUAGUAAGGAAAUACCCAAUCCAAGAAGUAAACUGUCCUUCCCGGACCCUUCUUCCCAUAAAUUGCCUGAAGUUUCUGAUGGGAAACUUUCUGACAAACCAAAAACCACUGUUGAAAAUAUUACUGGACUAUCUCCUCAAAGGACACUUGAUUCUGAAGAGACUAAGCCCUUUGAUGAGGUGAAGCCUACUCAAGAUUCACCGAAGGACGGCGAGUCUGUAGAAGGGCUCAAAUCGACUGACAAACCAAAUUCUGCGGCUAGUGGUAAACCUACGGAACAGCCAAGUUCUCUCACUAUAUCUCCCAGACCUGAACAAACAGAAAUCUCUGAAGGUGAAUCAGAUGAUGAUAGUAGUAAGGAAAUACCCGAUCCAAGAAGUAAACUGUUCUUCCCGGACCCUUCUUCCCAUAAAUUGCUUGAAGUUUCUGAUGGGAAACUUUCUGACAAACCAAAAACCACUGUUGAAAAUAUUACUGGACUAUCUCCUCAAAAGACAUUUAUUUCUGAAGAGAUCAAUCCUUUUGAUGAAGUGAAGCCUACUCAAGAUUCACCCAAAGACGAUGAACCAGGAGAAGUGGUUACAGUUUCUGACAAACCAAAAUCUCCGGCUAGUGUUAAACCUACGGAACAGCCAAGUUCUCUCACUAUUUCUUCCAGAUCUGAAAAAUCAGAAAUCUCUGCAGGUGAAUCAGAUGAUGAUAGUAGUAAGGAAAUACCCGAUCCAAGAAGCAAACUGUCCUUCCCCGAACCUCCUUCCCAUAAAUUGCCUGAAGUUUCUGAUAGGAAACUUUCUGACAAACCAAAAACCCCUGUUGAGAAUGUAACUGGACUAUCUCCUCAAAAGACAUUUGAUUCUGAAGAGACCAAGCCUUUUGAUGAAGUGAAGCCUAGUCAAGAUUCACCCAAAGAUGGCAAGUGUGUAGAAGGGCUCAAAUCGUCUGACAAACCCAAAUCUCCUGCUAAUGUUAAACCUACGGAACAGCCAAGUUCUCUCACUUUUUCUCCCAAAUCUGAACAAUCAGAAAUCUCUGAAUCAGAUGAGGAGAGUAGCAAGGAAAUGCCCGAUCCAAAAAGAAAAGUGUCCUUCCCCGACCCUCCUUCCCAUAAAUUGCCUGAAGUUUCUGAUAGGAAAAUUAUUGACAAACCAAAAACCCAUGUUAAAAAUAUUACUGGAAUAUCUCCUCGAAAGACAUUUGAUUCUGAAGAGACCAAUCCCUUUGAUGAGAUGAAGCCUACUAAAGAUUCACCCAAAGAUGGCGAGUCUGUAAAAGGGCUCAAAUCGUCUGACAAACCAAAAUCUCCUGCUAGUAUUAAACCUACGGAACAGCCAAGUUCUCUCACUAUUUCUCCCAAAUCUAAACAAUCAGAAAUCUCUGAAUCAGAUGAUGAGAGUAGCAAGGAAAUGCCCGAUCCAAGAAGAAAACUGUCCUUCCCCGACCCUCCUUCCCAUAAAUUGCCUGAAGUUUCUGAUAGGAAAAUUACUGACAAACCGAAACCCCAUGUUAAAAAUAUUACUGGACUAUCUCCUCAAAAGACACUUGAUUCUGAAGAGACCAAGCCUUUUGAUGAAGUGAAGCCUACCCAAGAUUCACCCAAAUACGGUGAACCAGGAGAAGUGAUCACAGUUUCUGACAAACCAAACUCUCCGGCUAGUGUUAACCCUACGCAACAGCCAAGUUCACUCACUAUUUCUCCCAGACCUGAACAAUUAGAUUUCUCUGAAAGCGAAUCAGAAGAUGUUAGUAGUAAGGAAAUGCUCGAUUCUAGUACUAAACUGUCCUUCCCCGUUCCUUCUUCCCAUAAAUUGCCUGAAGUUUCUGAUAGGAAACUUUUUGACAAACCAGAAACCCCUUUUGAAAACAUAACCGGAUUAACUCCUCAAAAGACACUUGGUUCUGAAAAGACCAAGCCUUUUGAUGAAGUGAAGCCUACUCAAGAUUCACCCAAAUACGGUGAACCAGGAGAAGUAAUCACAGUUUCUGACAAACCAAAAUCUCCGGCUAGUGUUAAACCUACGGGACAACCAAGUUCUUUCGCUAUUCGUCCCAAACCUGAACAAUCAAAAAUCUCCGAAAGCGAAUCAGAUUAUGAUAGUAGUAAGGGACUGCUCGAUCCAAGAAGAAAACUGUCCUUCCCCGACCCUUCUCCUCAUAAAUUACCUGAAGUUUCUGAAAAAUCAAAAACCACUGUUGAGAAUAUUACUGGACUAUCGCAUCAAAAGUCACUUGAUUAUGAAGACAUCAAGCCUUAUGAUGUAGUGAAGCCUAUUCAAGAUUCACCCAAAGAUGGUGAACCAGGAGAAGUGAUCACAGUUUCUGACAAACUAAAAUCUCCGGCUAGUGUUAAACCUGCGGAACAUCCAAGCUCUCUCACUAUUUCUCCCAAACCUGAACAAUCAGAAAUCUCUGAAAGCGAAUCAGAUGAUGAUGGUAGUAAGAAACUGCCCGAUCCAAGAAGAAAACUGACCUCCUCCGACCCUUCUUCCUAUCAAUUGCCUGAAGUUUCUGAUAGGAAUAUUUCUGACAAACCAAAAACCCCUGUUGAGAAUAGUACUGGACUAUCUCCUCAGGAAACACUUGAUUCUGAAGAGACCAAGCCUUUUGAUGAAGUAAAGCCUACUAUUGGAUCACCCAAAGACGGUGAGUCUGUAGGAGGGCUCAAAAUUACUAACAAACCAAAAUCUCCGACUGGUUUUAAACCUACGGAACAUCCAAGUUCUCUCACUAUUUCUCCCAAACCUGAACAAUUAAAAAUCUCUGAGAGCGAAUCAGAUGAUGAUGGUAGUAAGAAACUGCCCGAUCUAAGAAGAAAACUGUCCUUCCCCGAUCCCUCUUCCCAUAAAUUGCCUGAAGUUUCUGAUAGGAAACUUUCUGACAAACCAAAAACCCCUGUUGAAUAUUGUACUGGACUAUCUCCUCAAAAGACAUUUAUUUCUGAAGAGACCAAGCCUUUUGAUGAAGUGAAGCCUAAACAAGAUUCACCUAAAUACGAUGAACCAGGAGAAGUGCUCAAAACUAUUGACAAACCAAAAUCUCCGGCUAGUGUUAACCCUACGCAACAGCCAAUUUCACUCAUUAUUUCUCCCAGACCUGAACAAUCAGAAAUUUCUGAAGUCGAAUCAGAUGAUGAUAGUAGUAAGAAAAUGCUCGAUCAAAGAAGUAAACUGUCCUUCCCCAUUCCUUCUUCCCAUAAAUUGCCUCAAGAUUCUGAUAGGAAACUUUCUGACAAACCAAAAAUGCCUGUUGAAUAUAUUUCUGGAUUAUCUCCUCAAAAGACACUUGAUUCUGAAGAGACCAAGCCUUUUGAUGAAGUGAAGCCUACUCAAGAUUCACCCAAAUACGGUGAACCAGGAGAAGUGAUCACAGUUGCUGACAAACCAAAAUCUCCGGCUAGUGUUAACCCCACGCAACAGCCAAGUUCACUCACUAUUUCUCCCAGACCUGAGCAAUCAGAUUACUCUGAAGGCGAAUCAGAAGAUGAUAGUAGUAAAGAAAUGCCCGAUCCUAGAAGUAAACUGUCCUUCCCCAUUCCUUCUUCACAUAAAUUACCUGAAGUGUCUGACAAACCAAAAACCACUGCUGAGAAUAUUACUGGACUAUCGCCUCAAAAUACACUUGAUUAUGAAGACACCAAGCCUUAUGAUGUAGUGAAGCCUACUCAAGAUUCAUCCAAAGAUAGUGAACCAGGAGAAGUGAUCACAGUUUCUGACAAACCAAAAUCUCCGGCUAGCGUUAACCCUACGCAACAGCCAAGUUCACUCACUAUUUCUCCCAGACCUGAACAAUCAGAAAUUUCUGAGGGCGAAUCAGAAGAUGAUAGUAGUAAAGAAAUGCCCGAUCCUAGAAGUAAACUGUCCUUCCCCGUUCCUUCUUCACAUAAAUUACCUGAAGUGUCUGACAAACCAAAAAGCACUGCUGAGAAUAUUACUGGAUUAUCUCCGCAAAAGACACUUGGUUCUGAAGAGACCAAGUCUUUUGAUGCAGUGAAGCCUUCUAAAGAUUCGCCCAAAGACGGUGAACCAGGAGAAGUGAUCACAGUUUCUGACAAACCAAACUCUCCGGCUAGUGUUAACCCUAUGCAACAGCCGAGUUCACUCACUAUUUCUCCCAGACCUGAACAAUCAGAAAUUUCUGAGGGCGAAUCAGAAGAUGAUAGUAGUAAAGAAAUGCCCGAUCCUAGAAGUAAAUUGUCCUUCCCCGACCCUUCUUCCCAUAAAUUACCAGAAGUUUCUGACAAAUCAAAAACCACUGUUGAGAUUAUUACUGGACUAUCGCCUCAAAAGACACUUGAUUAUGAAGAUACCAAGCCUUAUGAUGUAGUGAAGCCUAUUCAAGAUUCAUCCAAAGAUGGUGAACCAGGAGAAGUGAUCAUAGUUUCUGACAAACUAAAAUCUCCGGCUAGUAUUAAACCUACGGAACAGCCAAGUUCUCUCAUUAUUUCUCCCAAACCCGAACAAUCAGAAAGCUCCGAAGGCGAAUCAGAUGAUGAAAGUAGUAAGGAACUGCUCGAUCCAAGAAGAAAACUGUCCUUCCCCGAUCCUUCUUCUCAAAAAUUACCUGAAGUUUCUGAAAAAUCAAAAACCUCUGUUGAGAAUAUUACUGGACUAUCGCCUCAAAAGACACUUGAUUAUGAAGACACCAAACCUUAUGAUGUAGUGAAGCCUAUUCAAGAUUCACCCAAAGAAGGUGAACCAGGAGAAGUGAUCACAGUUUCUGGCAAACUAAAAUCUCCGGCUAGUGUUAAACCUGUGGAACAUCCAAGUUCUCUCACUAUUUCUCCCAAACCUGAACAAUCAGAAAUCUCUGAAAGCGAAUCAGAUGAUGAUGGUAGUAAGAAACUGCCCGAUCCAAGAAGAAAACUGUCCUUCCCCGACCUCUCUUCCCAUAAAUUGCCUGGAGUAUCUGAUAGGAAACUUUCUGGCAAACCAAAAACCCCUGUUGAGUAUAUGACUGGAUUAUCUCCGCAAAAGACACUUGGUUCUGAAGAGACCAAGCCUUUUGAUGCAGUGAAGCCUUCUAAAGACUCACCCAAAGAUGGUGAACCAGGAGAAGUGAUCACAGUUUCUGACAAACCGAAAUCACCGGCUAGUAUUAAACCUACGGAACAGCCAAGUUCUCUCACUAUUUCUCCCAAACCUGAACAAUCAGAAAACUCCGAAGGCGAAUCAGAUGAUGAUAGUAGUAAGGAACUGCUCGAUCCAAGAAGAAAACUGACCUCCUCCGACCCUUCUUCCUAUCAAUUGCCUGAAGUUUCUGAUAGGAAACUUUCUGACAAACCAAAAACCCCUGUUGAGAAUAGCACUGGACUAUCUCCUCAGGAAACACUUGGUUCUGAAGAGACCAAGCCUUUUGAUACAGUAAAGCCUACUCAAGAUUCACCCAAAGACGGUGAACCUGGAGAAGUGCUCCAUACUACUGACAAACCAAUACCUCCAGCUAGUCUUAAAACUACAAAACAGCCAAGUUCACUCACUAUUUCUCCCAAACCUGAACAAUCAGAAAACUCCGAAGGCGAAUCAGAUGAUGAUAGUAGUAAGGAAAUGCCCGAUCCAAGAAGAAAACUGUCCUUCCCCGACCCCUCUUCCCAUAAAUUGCCUGAAGUUUCUGAUAGGAAACUUUCUGACAAACCAGAAACGACUGUUGAAAAUAUGACUGGAUUAUCUUCGCAAAAGACACUUGGUUCUGAAGAGACUAAGCCUUUUGAUGCAGUAAAUCCUACUCAAGACUCACCCAAAGACGGCGAACCAAGAGGAGUGCUCAAAACUACUGACAAACUAAAGUCUCUGGCUAGUGUUAAACCUACGGAACAGCCAAGUUCUCUCACUGUUUCUCCCAUACUUGAACAAUCAGAAAUUUUCGAAAGCGAAUCAGAUGAUGAUAGUAGUAAGGAAAUGCCCGAUCUAAGAAGAAAACUGUCCUUGCCCCACCCUUCUUCCCAUAAAUUGCCUGAAGUUUCUGAUAGGAAACUUUCUGACAAACAAAAAACCCCUGUUGAGUAUAGUACUGGACUAUCUCCUCAAACGACACUUGGUUCUGAAGAGACCAAGCCUUUUGAUGAAGUGAAGCCUACUGCUGGAUCACUCAGAGACAGUGAGUCUGAAGAAGGGCUCAAAACUACUGACAAACCAAAAUCUCCGGCUAGUGUUAAGCCAACGGGAUAUCCAAGUUCCCUCACUAUUUCUCCCAAACCUGAUCAAUCAGAAAUCUCUGAAAGCGAAUCGGAUGAUGAUAGAAGUAACGACAUGCACGAUCCAAAAAGAAAACUGUCCUUGCCCGACCCUUCUUCCCAUAAAUUGCCUGAAGUUUCUGAUAGGAAACUUUCUGACAAACCAAAAACCCCUGUUGAGAAUAUUACUGGACUAUCUCCUCAAACGACACUUGAUACUGAAGAGACCAAGCCUUUUGAUGCAGUGAAGCCUAUUAAAGAUUCACCCAAAGAUGGUGAACCAAGAGGAGUGCUCAAAUUUACUAACGAACUGAAAUCUCCGGCUAGUCUUAAACCUACGAAACAGCCAAGUUCUCUCACUAUUUCUACCAAACUUGGACAAUCAGAAAUCUCUGAAGGCGAAUCAGAUGAUGAUAGUAGUAAGGAAAUGCCCGAUCGAAAAAGAAAACUGUCCUUCCCCGACCUUUCUUCCCAUAAAUUGCCUGAAGUUUCUGAUAGGAAACUUUCUGACAAACCAAGAACGCCUGUUGAAAAUAUUACUGGACUAUCUCCUCAAAAGACACUUGAUUCUGAAGAGACCAAGCCUUUUGAUGAAGUGAAGCUUACUGAUGGAUCACCGAAGGACUGUGAGUCUGUAGAAAUGCUCAAAACUACUGACGAACCAAAAUCUCCGACUGGUGUUAUACCUACGGAAAAGCCAAGUUCUCUCACUAUUUCUCCCAAACCUGAACAAUCAGAAAUCUCUGAAAGCGAAUCAGAUUAUGAUGGUAGUAAGAAACUGCCCGAUCCAGGAACAAAACUGUCUUUCCCCGAUCCUUCUUCCUAUAAAUUUCUUGAAGUUUCUGAUAUGAAGCUUUCUGACAAACCAAAAACGACUGUUGAAUAUAUGACUGGACUAUCUCCUCAGGAAACACUUGAUUCUGAAGAGACAAAGCCUUUUGAUGCAGUGAAGCCUAUUAAAGAUUCACCCAAAGAUGGUGAACCAAGAGGAGUGCUCAAAUUAACUGACGAACUAAAAUCUCCGGGCAGUGUUAAACCUACGAAACAGCCAAAAUCUCUCACUACUUCUCCCAAACCUGAACAAUCAGAAAUCUCUGAAAGCGAAUCAGAUGAUGAUAGUAGUAAGGAAAUGCCCGAUCGAAGAAGCCUGAACAAUAAGAAAAAAAUAUCUGUAGGCGAAUCAGAUGAUGAUAGUAGUAAGGAAAUGACCGAUCCUAGAAGCAAACUGUCCUUCCCCGACCCUUCCUCCCAUAAAUUGCCUGAAGUUUCUGAUAGGAAACUUUCUGACAAACAAAAAACCCCUGUUGAGAACACUACUGGACUAUCUCGUCAAACGACACUUGAUUUUGAAGAGACCAAGCCUUUUGAUGCAGUGAAGCCUACUCAAGAUUCACCCAAAGAUGGCGAGUCUGUAAAAGGGCUCAAAUCGUCUGACAAACCAAAAUCUCCUGCUAGUAUUAAACCUACGGAACAGCCAAGUUCUCUCACUAUUUCUCCCAAACAUGAGCAAUCAGAAAUCUCUGAAUCAGAUGAGGAGAGUAGCAAGGAAAUGCCCGAUCCAAAAAGAAAAGUGUCCUUCCCCGACCCUCCUUCCCAUAAAUUGCCUGAAGUUUCUGAUAGGAAAAUUAUUGACAAACCAAAAACCCAUGUUAAAAAUAUUACUGGAAUAUCUCCUCGAAAGACAUUUGAUUCUGAAGAGACCAAUCCCUUUGAUGAGAUGAAGCCUACUCAAGAUUCACCGAAGGACGGCGAAAAUCUCUGA